AUGUUAAGGCUUCCAUUACUACAGAAAUUCACAGAAAUUCACAAAAGGACAUAUUCAAUGGCUUUAGAAUUAAUUAAGUCUGAUAAUCCGGGCCCUAUAGAGCUUUCAAUCAUAGGAAAACUCACUACAAAAUUAAAACCUUCAUAUUUGAAAAUAUGCAAUGAUUCACAUAAGCAUUCACAUCACGCUGGUAUGAGAGGAGCUUCUAAUGUUUCUGAGUCACAUUUCAGAAUUGAAGUCAUAAGUGACGAAUUUGAGGGAAAAAACAUGCCUAUGAGACAUAGGUUGAUAUACCAGUUGCUAGAUGAUGAGCUCAAAAAUGGUGGAGUUCAUGCUUUACAGAUGAAGACAAAGACAUCUUCCGAAGUUAAAGUAUAA